GUCUCGGUUGAGCUAAGCAGAGAGAGUAGAGUUGCAGAGGGAGCUCGCUGUUCUGUCCGUAUCUGCGCGUACAGGUGCAUACAGCAGUGGGACACAGUCCUUCAAGAUGCAAACUUGGACAUGUUUCUUCAACAUGGGACUCCAGAAGCUCCUCCUUCUCCUCUUGGCGGCGGUGUCCCACCCGCGGGCCUUCCCCUUCAGCGCUUCCCCAGAUGUGGACGUCACCCCCAGGACGACGGUCUUCCUCAAGGGCCUGCUGGGCAGCGCUCGCUUCGGCGGCUCGGCGCGCAACUGCAGCACCCUCCUGCUGGAGGAGCCGGCGGGGAUUCUGUACGUGGGGGGGAGAGGAGCGCUCUACGCGCUCAACGCGUCUGACAUCGCCACACCCGCACGUCCCACAAUUGACUGGGACGCGUCCCCCGAGCAGAAGAAGCAGUGCCUGAACAAAGGCCGGGACAACAAGACCGAGUGUUUCAAUCACAUCCGCUUCCUGCAGCGCUACAACGAGACUCACUUGUACGCGUGCGGCACCAACGCCUUCAGGCCUCUCUGCGCGUACGUCGAUUCCGAACGCUUCGGCUUGCCGGCGAGCUUCGAGGACGGCAGAGACAGGUGUCCGUAUGACCCCGCCAAGGGGUACACGGGCCUGCUUGCAGAUGGCGAGAUGUUCACGGCUUCCCAGUAUGAGUUCCGCAGCUCUCCGGACGUGCGCCGCAACUUCCCCUUCCCCACGCUUAGGACAGAGGAAGCGCCCACCCGCUGGCUUCUGGAGGCGGAUUUUGUGGGCUCGGCCCUGCUGCGGGAGAGCGUCAACAGCUCCGUCGGCGACGACGACAAGAUCUACUUCUUCUUCACGGAGAGGAGCCAGGAGCAGAUGGCGUACCCCAGCCGGACAAAAGUGUCCAGGGUGGCGCGGGUUUGCAAGACGGACUGGGGUGGUCAGAGAACCCUGCAGAGGAAGUGGACCUCUUUCCUCAAGGCCCGGCUGGUGUGUUUUGUGCCCGAGUACGAGCUGUACCUCAACGUCCUGCGUGGGGUUUUUGUCACGCAUGGCAGCGACGCGCAGAGCAGCUUCUUGUACGGCGUCUUCGGCCUGGAAUGGAAGAACAUCAAAGCGUCGGCCAUCUGCCGGUAUGCCUUCUCAGAUGUGCAGAAGGCCUUCGAUGGGCCCUACAUGGAGGUUCAGGACUCCAAGUGGAGAGAGUACACAGGCAAGGUCCCCGAGCCAAGACCCGGGUCUUGCAUCACAGACGAGCACCGAUCCCGGGGCAUCAACUCGUCGCGAGACCUCCCGGACAGCGUGCUCACAUUUGCGCGGAGGCACCCACUGAUGGCCAUCCAGGUACGCCCAGUCGGGGCGCGGCCGCUCAUGUUCAAGAGGAGUGUCAACUACGUCCGCAUCGCCACGCACCAACAGCCGGCGCUGGACGGAAACAUCUACACCGUCCUCUUCCUGGGAACGGAUGACGGCUGGCUGCACAGAGCAGUGGACAUUGGGGGCGAAAUGCAUAUCAUGGAGGAGUUGCAGCUGUUCGAUCAAGGCCAGCCCAUCGAGAGCAUGGUCCUCGCUCCAGCCCUGCGUCAUGUCUACGUGGGCUCCCACUCGGGGGUGGUGCAGAUCCCCAUGUCGGCUUGUCGGAGGUACGCUUCCUGUUAUGAUUGCGUCUUCGCCAGGGACCCCUUCUGUGGCUGGGAUGGCCGGAAGUGCGUGGAGGUGUGGUCGCGAGCGCAGAGGUCGAACAUCACCCAGGACAUCCAGAGAGGCACCAGUGGCUGUAAGGAGAAUUCAGGAAACGUGGUCCACCGGAGGCGCUCGGUGAUGGCAGGAGAUGACGUGCUCCUUCAGUGCGAACUGCGCUCCAACCUGGCGAUGCCACGUUGGACAUUGGACGGCAGAGAGCUGCGUGGUUACGGCGUCGAUUCGGGUUACCGCGUGGGCACGGACGGCCUGCUCAUUAUCGGGGCUCGGGGCAGACAGAGCGGCUCGUACCGCUGCUUCGCAGUGGAGAACUCCGUCUCCGUCCUGGUUUACUUGUACACGGUAAGGGUGCACACAGAGGCCUACUUUGCGGCGGAGGAGACGACGACGGCGGCGAUUGAUCCGUCCACGCUACCCGGCACGACGGCGGCGAUUGACCUGUCCACGGUUGGGCGGGCCUCCCCGUCGCUCGCUGCCCCGCUGCCCGCCGGGCCGCAGCUCCACGCCUACCGGCACAUGGAGGCCGUGUACAUCUGCUUGGUGGCCGUCCUGGGCGGGCUGUGCCUGGUGUUGUCCGUGGUCUUGCUUUACGUGAGCUUCUGCACCAGGCGGGUUUCUCGCAGCCGUAAGUUCUCCCAGCAGCACGGUCUGCACGUCCUGGGCUCCUCGGAGAGGAAAGGGAGCUCCCACAUGGAGCUUCAAACCAUCUCCAACGGACGUCAAGGUCGUCGCUCCAUCUCGGUGCCCGCUUUCGGAGAUUUCCUGCAGAUCGUUCCCGGCGAGGGUUCGCCGACGACCGGCACCCCUCCGGCCGCCCCUCCGCUCCCCAUGGCCCCACCGCUGCCCGACGCCGACUACGCCAACGGAAUGUCCGCCACGCUGCCCAGCGUCCUGCGCAAGAUGAACGGCAAUAGCUACGUGCUACUGCGGCAGGUGGACCACGACGGGGCUUCGCCGCUUUACCACUCCUUUACCGAGGAGCUCAACCGCAUCCUGGAACAGAGGAAGCACACACAGCUGGACCUCCAGCCACAUGAGAGCUCCAUCUAAGAGGAUGUUAAAACAAAAAAAUAUAUAUAAUAAUCCAUGCAAACUCCGUACAGGUAAGCUCCACCUAGACUUGAACCCAGGAACUUUGAUCGCACACAUGCUAACAACCUGGUUAGCGUGCUGCUUCAAUAAAUGUUUUUUUCUGGAUAUUGAAAAAAAGAUUGCCAGAAAGAGUCAUUUGAGCAGGUCAGGAUAACUCUUUUCAGCAGCUUCCAUACUUCAAAGCGUGUCCCCGUUGAUGUGCACUGCUUACACUAACAACAUGGUUACAGAGUGGAACUAGUUUACAAAAAACUGUUUUGCCAAAUGUGGGAUUUCUUCAACCCUUUCAGCGACUAUUUAAUCUGAUUCCCGCUAAGAAACUGAGCAGAAUCAUUUUCACAUUGUCCGCCCCCCUCUCCCCUCCUGAAAUCGCCAAAGAUGUGGUGGCCAUCCCUUUUGCAUUUGUUGUUGAGAACUUUCCAUCUGAGUCAUGUGCUUCCCGCCUGCAAAUGCUUUGCCAAGGUUUCCUGCCUCAUCUGUGCAGCUCGACAUGACAAAAGACUGUGACAGAGCUGGAGCAAGUGGAAUUGACUUUACAUAUGAGGACCAGCAGAAAGCCUGGAAGUUUGAUGGCUCAUUUUAGGAUGGUAAAUUCUUGAACGUUUAAAAUGUUAAUUUAUUAAGUUUCAUGUUUAAAAUAAAUGUUUUGGGAAAAAAAAGACAUUUGUAUGAAUUUCUGCAAAAUACUGAGAGAAAAAACAGUUUCAUAGCUUGUUUAUAUAUACACAUCACCUGCAGCAAACCUGAAAAAUAUUUUUGAAUUUUGUCAAAUGACACUGAAAAUGUUGAUGCUAAUUCAGAUUUUUUCCAGGACAGGGCUCCUGUUUAUUUAACUGCACUUUCAUUUUGCAGGUACUGCGAUGUCAGUAAGCCAAAUAUUUUUUGUUUACCUAGUGUGGAUUUUAAAAACAAGCUGGAGGGCCACAAUCCAAAUUUGCAGCUGGGAACGGACCCCACGAGGCCUUGUUGAAUGACAGAGUGCUGUGGCGUCGCUAAGCAACAGCAUUUUUAUUUUGAGCCAUGCCAUAUGUCCGGUAGUGGGUCUCCAGCUGUGCAAUGACCUCCCAAUGGCGUAAAUUGAAAACUAAAUCAUCUUUAUAGGCACCUUGGAGGAAUUUGAAAUGAUGGGAAAGAGCCUUGAAGCUUUGUCAUACAAUCGGUACUACAAGCACAUUAAUAAAUAUUUUUAAAUGAA